AUGGCUUCGCGUCUUGGAGUUUCCGUACGCGCCGCUUUGGGUUCCUCUCGCGUACCUCACUUAGACGACGGAAGACGGCGUGAUUCCUCCUCCUCCUCUUUUCUCAAUUUCACGGCUAAUCGGAGAAAUCGAAGGGAGAGAAGUGGAUUGAGAGCUUCGAAUGAAGGAGGAGGAAUCGAAUCGUACCUUCACAUGUGGAAAAACGCUGUUGAUCGCGAGAAGAAGGAGAAAGCCUUCGAGAAAAUUGUCGAGAAUGUAGCCGUCGAUGUGGAGAAAGGCGAAGAAGAAGAUUUAGAGAAGAAAACCGAUGAGUUUCAGAAGAUCCUUGAGGUUUCCGUCGAGGAGAGAGAUCGGAUUCAGAGGAUGCAGGUCGUCGAUCGUGCUGCGGCUGCGAUCUCGGCGGCAAAAGCGAUUCUCGCCUCUAAAAAUUCCGGCGACGUGAAAGAGGGGUUUUCAGAUCAGGAGAAGAGUGACGGAAGCGAAGUCACCGACACUCAGAAAAAUGCGAAACAAGGAAUGUGGAGCAGAACAGUGUAUGUGCCUCGGACAGAAACAUCUGGGACUGAGACUCCAGGACCAGAUUUUUGGUCUUGGACUCCUCCUCAAGAUAGUGAAAUGAUGAGCUCCAAUGGGAAUGGGGAUUUGCAGGCUGCUUUCAAGGCUGAUGAGUUUCCAAUCAUGUCAAAUCCUGUAUUGGAGAAAGAACACUCAGCAGAUUCUCUUUCGAUACCUUACGAGAGUAUGCUCUCUACUGACAAACACAGCUUUGUUAUCCCGCCUUUUGAGUCUUUGAUCGAAGUUCGAAAAGAAGGGGAGACAAAACCCAGCUCCGAGAUAUCAUCGUCGGAACAUGACCUUGAGGUUAUAUCUUCAGCAAAUGCGGAAGAAGCGGCUCGUGUACUUGAUAGUUUGGAUGAGUCUUCAUCCCAUGGAGUUAGCGAGAACGGUUUGAAGUGGUGGAAGCAAACUGGUGUUGAGCAAAGACCUGAUGGUGUGGUUUGCAGGUGGACAAUGAUACGAGGGGUUACUGCUGAUGGUGUUGUUGAGUGGCAAGACAAGUAUUGGGAGGCUUCUGAUGAUUUUGGGUUCAAGGAACUUGGUUCAGAGAAAUCAGGACGUGAUGCAGAAGGAAACGUGUGGCGUGAGUUCUGGAAAGAGUCAAUGAUGCAGGAGAAUGGUAUCGUGCAUAUGGAGAAAACUGCAGACAAAUGGGGAAAGAGUGGGAAAGGUGAUGAAUGGCAAGAGAAGUGGUUUGAGCAUUAUGACGCUACCGGAAAAUCAGAAAAAUGGGCUCAUAAGUGGUGCAGCCUUGACCGCAACACACCACUUGAUGUAGGCCACGCUCAUGUCUGGCAUGAGAGGUGGGGAGAGAAGUAUGACGGGCAAGGCGGAAGCACAAAGUACACAGACAAGUGGGCGGAACGGUGGGUAGGGGACGGUUGGGACAAAUGGGGAGACAAAUGGGACGAAAACUUUAACCCGAGCGCUCAAGGAGUGAAACAAGGUGAGACUUGGUGGGAAGGAAAGCACGGUGAUAGAUGGAACCGGAGUUGGGGCGAAGGUCACAACGGUUCAGGAUGGGUUCAUAAAUACGGGAAAAGCAGCAGCGGAGAACACUGGGACACACAUGUGCCACAAGAGACUUGGUAUGAGAGGUUCCCUCACUUUGGCUUUUACCACUGUUUUGACAACUCUGUUCAGCUCCGAGCUGUUCGGAAGCCUUCUGAUAUGUCUUAG